GUACGAUUUCGAGUUUUAGUUCGUGCGAGUUUGUGUUAGUCGGAUAUGUCGGUGCAUGGUGUCGUACUUUUGUGUUUAUUAUACAUGUGAUUUUUAAACGAUAAGCAAUUUACUAUGUGAACUUGUGUCUAAAACUGUGACAAUAAUGACCUUUAGGAACCCCUCCUUUGUUUGAUUACACAGAAACCCGAAAGUAUGAGAGACCUGUUGACAAUUUCGUGAUUUAGACAGCACUCUAUUUAAGAUAGAGGAGUUAUGGACGGUCAACGGGCUCUAGAGUUAAUGCCACUAUUGCAGGAGCGCUUGGUGGUGCUAACGGGAGGCCGGGACCGUCGGGGAGGACCGCUUCUGUCCUUUCCUGCAAGUCCCCGACGGGAACGGGCCAAACCAGAGGAUUACAAGAAAUUGCUUCAGUAUCUCAUGUCCAUUCCAAGUGAUGAGGCCCGAUCAUUGGGCUUCACCGUCUUGGUGGACAUGAGAGGUGCCACAUGGUCAACUGUCAAACCGAUUUUGAAAGUCCUGCAUGAACAUUUUCCUCCCGGAGUUGUUCACCAAGCGAUCAUAGUGAAGCCUGACAACUUUUGGCAGAAACAGAGGACUUCUCUUAGCUCACACAAGUACAAAUUUGAGACAAAUAUGAUAAGCGUAGAGGCCUUGCCAAAAAUAAUCGACACGUCACAACUGACUACGGACCUGGAGGGAACCCUCAGUUACGACCACGCUUCGUGGCUGGAGACCCGGCUCGCCGUUGAGGAGUUCGUUUGGCAAGCUGCCGAUCUCCUCGAUCGUCUGGACGAUCUCCAGGAGGACCUUGCCAGGAACGAUUUUGCCGAUGACGUCAGUGGUGCAAAGCACGGUAUUGAUAUCCACAACGAGAUGAAGAAGAAAAUUAUGAAAGCGCCCGUUGAGGACAUUGAUCUGUUGGGCCAAAGACUGUUACAAAGGGUUUGCGGAAGCGACACUGGUCAAGGCGGAGGCGGAGGCGAAAGGAAAGAUCCUGAUUCACCUGUGAUUGGUACAUCAGAUGCCGAUAUCAAAGCAUUGGUCCUUCAAAAUUUAGACGCGGUACAUGCCUCGCAACAACACUUAUUACAAUUGUGGCACCAUAAAAAACUAAAAUUGGAUCAGUGCUUUCAACUCAGGCUUUUCGAACAGGAUUGCGAAAAGAUGUUCGACUGGAUUUGCCACAAUCGAGACGUGUUCUUAUUAAAUUACGUCGAAAUUGGCCACUCGUAUCAAGUGGCCAAACAGUUGCAAGAAGACCAUCAGCAUUUCACCAUGAGUUCCAUGAACGUUUACGUGAACAUAAAUCGAAUACUUUCGGUGGCGAGUCGUUUGAUCGAAGGUGGUCAUUAUGCGGCUGCCCAUAUCCGUUCCGUAGCGAAUCGGUUGGACAGGACGUGGAAGGACUUCGCUGCCGGACUGGACGAAAGAACUGCCGUCCUGGCGCUAUCCGUCAUAUUCCAUCACAAGGCGGAACAAUACGUCGACAAUGUCAAGAACUGGAAUUCCGCCUGUGAUAAUAACAAUUUGCCAAACGAAAUAAUUAUGCUUGAGAAUGCCAUUCAUCAGCACCAAAAUUUAUAUGAAUCUAUGUGUCAAGCGUAUACUGAGGUGUAUAAUUCGUAUCAGUCGUUGUUAAACGGCCUGGAUGUAAUGCUGCAAGUGUGCCAUAAAUUACCAUUGUCUAUCGAUAAUUACAAGAAAAAUGGAAUUGUUUUUAACGGAGACAAAGCAAACAAUUACGAAAAUAGACCUGGUGGAAAUCCGGCUGCAGAUUACAGUGAAGGUGCUAGUCACGUCUUGGAUGUAAUCCACCAGAUUUUAAAUCAUCACCGUGCUUUAGAACAAAAAUGGCACGCAAAGAAAAUUAAAUUACACCAAAGAUUAGCACUCAGACUUUUUCAGGAAGAUGUGAAACAGGUAAAUAAUAAAUAUGUUAGAAUUUUCUUGCUUCUGGAAAUUGACGAAACACUACUCUACACGAAGAAAACUAAAUGUUUAUGA